AUGCAAGCCUUGUUUCAGAGUUUUUCCAUCACUUGGAAUUGGUUGAUGGGAAAGCCAUUGUCCUCUUCCGAAGAGGAGGAGGAACAUGAAGUGAAACAACAACAACACUCCCAUUCAUCUGUUGAGAAGAAUCAAUUGGUACUUUCACUAUCGGAGGAUGUAUUAAAAGAAAAUUUUGAAUAUUCAUUAAAGACUUGGAUUUCAUUGGGAGUGUUUUUGAGAGAGAGUCAUGAAUGGGAACAUGCUGAGAACGUAUUUAAGAGGGCCAUGAAAAUAGUUGAGGAUAGUGCCGUGUAUUCAAAUCAUUCCAUUCAAUCCUCGAUAUCAUCUACCUCACUCAAUGUAUCUUUAUUGCUUUUGGAAAGGGCACGAAACUUGGAAAAACUUGGAAAGAUUGAACAAGCGAUUGAGAAUUUUGAAAAGGUGAUUAAAUUCAAUGUUUCAAAACAAGAUACAAUCGAUGCUCUUUCUGAACUCGCUUGGAUUUAUUUAGGUGAGGAAAAGUUUGAAAAAGCAAGGUUAACCAUUUCUCAAAUAGAGGAAAUUGCUAGUGAGGAGCAACGAACAAGACAAAUAAUUUCUCAUUUACUAGGAAAUUAUCAUCUGUCCGUGGGUGAACAAGAUGUGGCUCUGCAACAUUACGAAAAGGCUGUCGAGUUAGAUUCGACUUGUGUGGAUGCAUUGGCUGUACUUGGAGACAUUUAUUGCCAUUAUAAAAAAGACGAAUCAAAAGCAAGAGAAAUGUGGGAACGUGCAUUCAGUAUCGACGCAUUGAAUACCAGCAUUUCCCAUUACCAAUUGGCAAAUAUUAUUAUGAAGAAAGACAAAAAUUACGAACGAUCAAAAUCAAUUUUAGAUAUUGGACUGCAAGUGGAUGCCACAGAUGCAAACACGAAUUAUCUCAUGGCAUGUUGUCUUGAGGACAUGCAAUGUGAGGCUAAAGACGUGGUAAUAUUCCAUUAUUCUGAAGCCAUGCGUUUGGAAUGUACAAAGAAAAACCUCUUUAUACGAUUUUGUAAUUAUUUGGUCCUUCUCGGCAAAUAUGAAUGGGCUAUUGGAGUGUUGAAUAAUGGUAUGAAGCAAAAGCCAAAAGAAACAAUCACCUUUUUAUCCAUGCGUGAGAAAAUUUAUGAAACCACGAAAAACUAUCAAAACGCUCUUAAUGAUUGUGAAUUGUUGUUAAAACUCAUUUCACAAGCGGCCAUUUCUGGCUCUUCUUCAAUUUACAACACCACUCAUCCAGCACAAAUGACCAGAGAUCAAGUACAGGAACGAAUUGCACAAAUCAAACAAAGAUUAUAA